CUUUCUUCUCUGUAACCGUUAAUGGCUCCGUCGUUCAUUUUUCCCCAAACGCUGACCUCCCUCGAAGAAGACAACGAUUCAAGCUACGCAUGCCUCACAGUUCAGAAUGCAGUUUCCGUCUCAUCGCUGCGCCCGUCGGAGCUGGAAGAAUUCGUGAAAGGAGUUUCGUUUGAUCUGUCGGACAAGGAGUUGUUCUGCGUGGAGGAGCAGGAGGUUUUUGACCGCGUGUAUUCUUUGGUUAAGGGUUUUGCCAGUCUCAGCCCUGGGUGCAAGUUGAAUCUAGUGGAGUCUUUGAGGUCUAAUCUGAGUGUUUUGUUGCCGAAUGUUGACUCGCUCUCGCGCUCGCAAGGGUCUGCUCCUCAGGAGAAUGGAAGUGAUGAGAGCUUCGAGCAUGGCUGCGAGCAAUUGGCUGCUGACAGAGUUGCAUCGUAUCGGAAUGCAUUUAAGAUCUACACGUUCUUCCUUGUGCAUAUUGUGCUUAUUGAACAGUCGAGUUCCACUUCAGCUACCAAUGGAACGAAAGCGGUGGCUUCCAGUAGGAAGAAACAUCCUGUGAAUUUGUGGGAUUGGGAAGCUCAGAGGGGCAGAAUAAUGAAUUUAAUUGCCAACUCGUUGGAGAUCAAUCUCUCAAUGCUCUUUGGUUCGUCAGAUGCUGAUGAAAAUUAUUUAUCCUUCAUUAUGAAAAAUGCAUUCCUGAUGUUUGAGAAUGCACUGAUGCUAAAAGAUUCAGCAACAAAAGAAGCCUUAUGCAAUAUAAUUGGGACAUGUGCCACCAAGUAUCACUAUAUUGCGCAAUCAUGUGCUUCUAUUUUGCACCUGAUUCAUAGAUAUGAUUUUGCUGUUACACACUUGGCUGAUGCUGUUGCUGGAGCUGAAAAGAAAUAUGCUGAUGGAAGUAUGGCUGCAGCCCUCAUUAGGGAGAUUGGAAGGACAAACCCAAAAGCCUAUCUUAAAGAUACUGUUGGAGCUGAAAAUAUUGGGCGUUUCCUAGUAGAACUAGCUGAUCGAUUGCCAAACUUGUUUUCGACCAACAUUGGCUUAUUGAUUCCGCACUUUGGCGGAGAAUCCUACAAGAUAAGGAAUGCACUUGUUGGGGUAUUGGGUAAGUUAAUUGCAAAGGCCUUCAAUGAUGUUGAAGGCGAAGUUAGUUCCAAAUCUAUACGUCUUCGGACAAAACAAGCCAUGCUUGAAAUCUUGCUGGAGCGCUGCCGUGAUGUGUCUGCUUAUACUAGGAGUCGGGUUCUUCAGGUCUGGGCAGAAUUAUGUGAGGAACAUUCUAUCUCUAUUGGUUUAUGGAAUGAGGUUGCAACAAUGGCUUCUGGGAGACUAGAGGAUAAGAGUGCGAUUGUUAGAAAGUCAGCACUCAAUUUGCUUAUUAUGAUGCUGCAACACAAUCCUUUCGGACCGCAGCUUAGGGCAGCUUCCUUUGAGGCAACCCUGGAACAGUACAAGAAAAAGUUGGAUGAGCUUGAACCAAAAAGUACACCUGAAAACUCGGAAGAAUUUCCAUCAGAUAGUCAAGUUUCUUGCAGUGAUAGUGGGGUUGAAGAUGAAGGUAUAAAAGUGGAAUCCAAGGAUCAGGACAGUAUGACUGAUAGCUGUUUAUCUCAGGUGGCAGAUGAGCCCCUGCAAGCGGACAAUUCUGUGCCAGAUUUUGGGAAUGUGGAGCAAACUCGGGCCUUGGUUGCUUCGCUUGAAGCUGGCCUCAGAUUCUCAAAAUGCAUGUCCGAUGCGAUGCCUAUACUUGUUCAAUUAAUGGCUUCAUCAUCUUCAACUGAUGUGGAGCACACUAUUCUAUUGCUCAUGAGAUGUAGGCAAUUUCAAAUUGAUGGAUCAGAAGCCUGCCUGCGAAAGAUGCUUCCUUUGGUAUUUUCUCAAGAAAAAUCAAUUUAUGAGGCCGUUGAGAAUGCUUUCAUUGCAAUAUACAUUAGGAAAAACCCAGUGGAUACUGCUAAGAAUCUUUUAAAUCUUGCCAUAGACUCAAAUAUUGGAGAUCUCGCGGCUUUGGAAUUCAUUCUUGGGGUUUUGGUAUCCAAAGGAGAUAUAACUGCCAGCAUGUUGUCUGUACUAUGGGAUUUCUUUUGUUUCAAUAUUAGUGGAACAACUGCUCAGCAAAGCCGAGGUGCUUUAUCAGUUCUGUGCAUGGCAGCAAAAUCUUCACCCACUGUUCUCAGCUCUCACUUACAAGACAUCAUAGAUAUUGGAUUGGGUCAAUGGGCAAAAGUGGAACCACUGCUUGCUAGAACAGCAUGCUUAGCACUACAAAGGUUGUCUGUGGAAGACAAAAAGAAGUUGUUGUCAACUAAUGGAAACCGCGUAUUUAGUUUGUUGCAAGGUUUGAUUUCUGGGUUUUCAAUCCCUGAAAAUAUUUGGUAUGCUGCUGCAGAUAAGGCUAUAGCUACCCUCUAUUCUAUCCACCCUACUCCAGAAACAAUUGCUGCUGAUCUGGUGAAAAGAUCACUUAAAUCUGUGUUUGAAUCUAGUGAAGAAACUGAUAUGCCCCUAGAAGUGAAUUCUGGUGGUUCUUAUCUCCUCACCACUGUGCAAGUUAGAAAUCUCAGCAGAUACCUGUUUGUUGUUAGCCAUGUUGCCAUGAACCAAUUAGCCUAUAUUGAGUCCUGUAUUCACAAGAUACAGAAAGCAAAAGCCAAGAAAGAGAAAAUGGCAGCUGAGAACGGCAAUGUUGAUGUAAAUACUGCAUCAAAUGCUCAGAAGGAUAGUGGGAUCAAUUCAGAGUUGGGACUUGCAGCCUCAGAAGAUGCAAUCCUGGAUAGCCUAGCAGAAAAGGCAGAGAAAGAAAUUGUUUCUGGUGUUGGGGCUGGAAAGAACUUGAUUGGACAUUGUGCACCAUUUAUAUCCAAAUUAUGUAGAAACUUCAAUUUAAUGCAAAAGCACCCUGAUCUGCAGGCAUCUGGAAUGCUUGCUUUAUGCCGUUUAAUGAUCAUUGAUGCCAAGUUCUGUGAGUCAAAUCUCCAGUUGCUUUUCACUGUUGUGGAGAGUGCACCAUCUGAAAUUGUCCGUUCAAAUUGCACUAUUGCUCUUGGAGAUCUAGCCGUUCGCUUUCCAAACUUGUUAGAACCGUGGACAGAAAACAUGUACCGACGUCUUAGAGAUCAGUCAGUAUCUGUUCGGAAGAAUGCUGUGUUGGUUCUUUCUCACCUUAUAUUAAAUGACAUGAUGAAGGUUAAAGGCUAUAUCAAUGAAAUGGCUAUGAUAUUGGAAGAUGUAGAAGAGAGGAUUGCAAAUUUAGCCAAGCUGUUCUUUUAUGAGCUAUCGAAAAAAGGAAACAACCCUGUAUAUAAUCUGCUUCCAGAUAUCCUUGGAAAAUUAUCCAGCCAGGACCUAAACAGGGAGUCCUUCUAUAACAUCAUGCAGUUUUUAAUUGGUUUUAUCAAAAAGGAUAAACAAGUGGAAUCUCUUGUUGAAAAACUAUUCAAUAGGCUCACCGGAGUCUCAGAUAUCCGGCUGUGGGAUUAUAUUUCUUACUGCCUCUCUCUUCUACCUUUUACCGAGAAGAGUAUGAGGCGGCUCAUGGAGUCAUUCAAGGCAUAUGAGCAUGUCUUAUCCGAGGAUAUUGUCAUGAACCACUUCAGGAAUAUAAUUAACAAGGGGAAAAAAUUUGCAAAACCUGAGUUGAAAUCAAUACUUGAAGAGUUUGAAGAGAAGCUCAAUGCCGUUCAUCAUGAAAAGAAGGAGCAAGCACUCACAGAAAAGAAUGCACAAGCGCAUCAACAAAAGGUCGAUAAUUUCCAGAACUUUGUGGCAACCAAGAAAGUUGAAAAUGAGAGUGGUGAAUAUGAUACUACUGAAGCUGGAACAGAUGAUGAAACAAAUGAGUCGAUAGAUACUCAAAGUUCAAAGUCAAGAAGGAAAACAACCAAAUCUAGAACAAGUUCAGAUGCUUCCAGCGAGGUGACAGAAGAAGAAAGGGAAGAAGAAGAAGAAGGAGAUGAAGAUGACGACGAAAUUCAAUCCCCUCAACGUUUUCGAAGAGGUGCUUCUAAGCCCAAGGUCGAGAAAAGCAACACAAAAUCGCACAAUGUUAAUUCUCGACCCUCCAAUAAGAGAACCAGCAGACGAGUAAAGCAAAGGUAACCUAAAAAUGGACAGCCAAGCCAAUAUCGAAAUCGGGAUCAUCAUCAUCAUAAACAUUGUCCUUAUGGGUACAAGGUACGAUGGCAUGAACCCUAAGUUUCUGUUGUUGUUUUAUGUUAUGUCUGAUUAAGUAAAUGCUUGUGUGAAAAAUGAAAAUUGAUUGAUGCUUAGUAAAUUUGGCAUUUGAAUUAAGUGAACUAAUCCACAUUUAACUCAAAUGUGGUAGAGACUAGACUUAGGCUUAGACUAGACUAGAGAUGAUAUAUAUAUAUAUAUAUAUAUUAUAUAGUCCUGCCAUUUGUGUAAUCUUGACAAAAAAUUUGAUGAUUUUUUUUUUGUUGUUGUU